GGGGCAAGCGUAAGUAGUUGGUUGACAAAUACUGAGCAUAGCGAACGUUCUAGCUUUAAGAAGAGUUAUCAAGUCGAAUAUUUUAUUAGCUCCGACGAAUUAAACUACAAGAAUUAGGCCGAUAACCAAAAUAAUUAUUAUUUUAUAUUUGGAACUUCGAGUUGAAAUAAAGCGUUAUGACGGAGAUGCCAUUGUUAUAUGGAUAUCCUCAAGCACGUGGGUUGUAUGAUCCCCAGUACGAAAAAGAAGCUUGUGGUGUAGGCUUCGUUGUGAAUGUUGAUGGAAUUCCUUCUAAUCAACUCAUAAGAGAUGCUGCCACAGUUUCCCGGAGAAUGGAACACAGAGGAGCAUGCUCUUGUGACAACAACACUGGCGAUGGAGCAGGUGUCCUCUCUGCGAUUCCAGAUUCAUUCUACAGGAAGGUCCUCAAGGAAGAGCAAGGAGAGCAAUUGCCACCUGGUGGGAAGUACGCAACGGGAAUCAUCUUCUUAGAUCGCACGUCUUCUUCUAGAGCUCUGAAACUCUUUGAAGACAUUGUACAAGAAAAUAAUCUUAAGGUUUUAUGUUGGAGAGAUUUGCCUGUUGAUAAUUCUGUACUUGGAAAAGUUGCACUUUCUAAUGAACCUUUGAUGAAACAAGUUUUUGUGGUAGCGCCUGGAAUGUCGGAAGAUCGAUUCAAAAUACAGGUGUUUAUGUUGAGGAAGCUGGCCACUCACAGAAUUCCUUCUGAGGGUCUCCGUUUUUACAUCUGUAGUCUUUCCACUGACACGAUUGUUUACAAAGGCCAAUUCACAUCAAGACAACUGUGGGAAUAUUAUAAAGACCUGUCUAACCCCGAAUUUCAAACUUACAUAGCCUUGGUUCAUGCCCGAUUUUCCACUAACACGUUUCCUAGCUGGGAGAGAGCACACCCUCUUAGAAUGCUAGCUCACAAUGGAGAGAUAAAUACCCUUAGAGGUAACGUCAAUUUCAUGAGCGCCAGAGAAGGAGUUAUGAGCAGCACCCUUUUUGGAUCAGAUCUCAAAAAGCUUUACCCUGUAGUGGAACCGAAAUUGUCAGAUUCGGGAUGUGUGGACAACGUUUUGGAGUUUUUGGUUAUGGCUGGACAGCGGUCACUUCCAGAGGCGGUGAUGACAAUGGUUCCUGAGGCUUGGCAGAGUGACAACUUGAUGUCUCUGGAGAAGAAACAAUUUUACCAAUGGAGUAGCUGUGCUAUGGAGCCUUGGGAUGGCCCUGCACUUCUGACCUUCACAGACGGUCGCUACGUGGGUGCUAUUUUGGACCGAAAUGGUCUGCGACCAUCACGAUUUUAUUAUACAAAAGAUAAUAUCGUUAUUAUGGCGAGUGAAGUGGGUGUACUUGACAUACCUUUGGAUAAGAUUAUUCAAAAGGGCCGUUUAAAGCCAGGAAGAAUGCUACUGGUAGAUACCAAAGAGAGAGUUUUUACCCGAGAUGAAGAGCUUAAACUGCGUAUUGCUCGUCAGCGCCCUCUAGGAGAAUGGCUUAAAGAAAUGUUCACAUUAGAAGAACUUCAUAAAAUUCAUGGUGAUUCAAUAGAAGCUGGGGGUACUAGUAAUGGCUUUGUAAACGGAGGGAUGAAUGCAGUUGAAGUAAAAAGAAAUAGUCAUAAUCAAUCCAUAAAUGACUUGUAUAGUAGUGUCAUGGAGGAUCGUAGACUUUCACUGUUUGGGUAUACCACUGAAACCAUACAUAUGCUGGUGUUGCCUAUGGUUAAAACUAAGAAAGAAGCUUUAGGCUCCAUGGGGAAUGAUGCUCCUUUGGCCUGUUUAUCACUGUAUCAGCCUUUAACAUAUGAUUACUUCAAGCAGCUUUUUGCCCAAGUUACUAACCCACCUAUUGACCCCUUCCGGGAACGAAUUGUGAUGUCUUUGGCUUGUCCAGUUGGUCCUGAAACAAAUAUUCUUCAGCCAAGUCCAGCACAGUGUAGAAGGUUAUGGUUAGAGCAACCAAUUCUUUCUUUAGAAGAUGUUGGGGUCAUUAAAAACAUAUCUUUCAAAGGAUGGAAGACUAAAGUAAUUGACAUUGUUUACCCAGUGUCGGAUGGGCCGAAAGGGUUAGUUCCUGCUAUUGACAGGAUAUGUGAAGAAGCAUGUAAUGCUGCUAGGACAGGUUACACUGUUUUAAUGCUGUCGGACAGGAAAGCUUCCAAAGAGAUGAUGCCUGUCAGUGCUUUAAUAGCUGUGGGUGCAGUCCACCAUUACUUGAUUAAUAAAAGGCAGAGGAUGAAAGUAGCUCUCAUGGUUGAGACAGGAGAAGCAAGGGAAGUGCAUCAAAUGUGUGUAUUGGUGGGAUAUGGAGCUGAUGGCAUCUGUCCUUAUUUGGUGUUUGAAAUUGUAAGGGAACUCCGCUCUGAAGGCCUCUUGGAACCUCCUUUGUCAGACCAAGAAAUAUUUAAAAACUAUGUUGAUGCUAUGGGGAGAGGCCUUGCCAAGGUGAUGGCUAAAAUGGGAAUUUCUACACUGCAUAGUUACAAAGGAGCACAGAUUUUUGAAGCCGUUGGACUAGAUAAAGAGGUUAUUGACAAAUGCUUUACGAACACUGCAUCUCGUCUUGGUGGUGCUACAUUCAAAGUUUUAGCAGAAGAUGCCUUUGAACGUUAUCGUAUUGCCUUCCAUGAACGAGACUGUGAUAAUUUGAUCCUGAGAAAUCCUGGCUACUACCAUUGGCGAAGUGGAGGAGAAAAACAUCUAAAUGAUCCUAUCAGCAUUGCCCAUCUUCAAGAUGCUGCAAGGUCUAACAGUCAAGAAGCUUACAAAAUGUUUUUAGAGGCAACAAUGGAAAGUGUACGAGACUGUACUUUACGAGGUCAGUUAGAACUUGUCUAUAGUGAACAACCAGUUGACAUUUCUGAAGUAGAGGAUGUCAAAGAAAUAGUGAAGAGGUUUGCAACAGGAGCAAUGAGUUUUGGAAGCAUUUCUAUUGAAGCUCAUAAAACUCUAGCUUUAGCAAUGAAUAGAGUUUCUGCAAAAUCUAACACAGGUGAGGGAGGUGAAGAUGCUGAUAGAUGGCUGAAUCAAGACCCUGAAUCUAAUGCACGUUCUGCUAUAAAACAGGUAGCUUCAGGAAGGUUUGGAGUUACCAGUGGUUACUUGGCUAAUUCUGAUGAAAUUCAAAUUAAAAUGGCUCAAGGAGCCAAACCAGGGGAAGGUGGUGAACUUCCAGGAUACAAG